AGCACAUUUUGCACACUCAACCAUCAGUCAGGAGAACUCAAAGGAGCUGACAAGAGUCAUCAAAAGAGUCAAAGGAUUCAACAACUUAAAAUACUCAAACCCUCCUAAGAUGAAGACAUUCAGUGUUGCAGUUGCAGUGGCCGUCGUGCUCACCUUUAUUUGCCUUCAGGAGAGCUCUGCUGUCCCAGUCACUGAAGUGCAAGAGCUGGAGGAGCCAAUGAGCAAUGACAAUCCAGUUGCUGCACAUGGAGAGAUGUCAGUGGAAUCCUGGAAGAUGCCGUAUAACAACAGACAGAAGCGCGGCUUUCAGUGUCGCUUUUGCUGCGGCUGCUGCACCCCCGGCGUCUGUGGAGUGUGCUGCAGAUUCUGAGGGUUCCUGCUCCAACAAAUGCUAAAUAUCUGCAUAUACUAAAGUGAAUGAUCAAUAAAUUUGAAUGGUUCUAUAAUAUA